AUGGCCUCCACUCUCCUAACACCCUUUCUCGUCCGUGCGGCUGGCCGCGACGCAGCAAGCAAGCAAUCAAUCAAGUCCACCUGCUCGCACGCCGGGCUCACUCGCCCCUUCGUACUCCCGCAACAAGCCUACAGUCCCGACUCCCCCUUCAUACGGGGUUAUGCUGACACUCUGCCGGUUCCCCAAGAGGCCUUCAUAGCCUUCAUCGACAGUCUAAAUGUGGCAAUGUGCAGGAGCCCCGAAGCGCAGGCCGUCACCGUCGCCAGCUUCGCGAGCAUGAUCAUAUGCUGUUCCGCCCUCACCGGCUGGAGGCUUCGUGAGUUGCGCAGGACUAGGGGCAAAACUGAUCCCAGGAUUGUUGGGACGGAGGAGCUGCACACUCUGCUGGGCAUGACUCUUCCUGCUUCUGCCACAGUACCUGCUGCUCCCGAAGACGACGAAGAAGAUGACGACGAAGACGGUGACCUCUACGUCACCGACGCCAAGCGCCCCGCGAGCGCCCAAUCUGCCACUCCAUCUGAAACCAAGUCUUCCUCCGCCCUAGGCAAGCUGACUCCGUACGCCUCUCUUGUCAUCGAGCCGAGCACGAUCCUGCCGCCCGUGAAGGUGACGUACCACGGCCGUAACGACGUACUCGCGAAUACGACGGCGAGGACACAAGCGUGGCGCACGCAGCGCAAGGAGAAGGGCGCAGCUAAGAAAGCGGCAAAGGGCAAGGGGGAGAAAUUGGCCAAGCUGCAUCGCGAGGCACUCUGGGACGGAUGUGGUGAUUAG